AGCGCUUAGAAGUGAGAAUACGCUUUCUACCAGAACAAAGGAGACGUGAGAAUACGCGCAUCUGGCAUUUCUGUUGAAAGCCUCCUCGACCUUGACGUCGAAGUCGAAGAUUCUUUUUCCCCUCUUUUAUACUUGACACUGUUAGAAACUCUGAGAGAGACAAAGAUCACAGGAAGAGAAACAACAAUAAUGGAAGCCACAGCUCGAGCUCCCGGUAAAAUUAUACUUUCCGGCGAACACGCCGUCGUCCACGGAUCGACCGCCAUCGCUGCUUCAAUUAAUCUCUACACUCAAGUUAAUUUACGGAUUUUUGAUGAUCACGAGAAUGGUGACAGGUUACUUACACUUCAGCUCAAGGAUGUAGAAUUAGACUUUUCUUGGCCAGUUGGAAGAAUCAGAGAAGCACUUCCUGAGCUGAGUACUCCUUCUUCUUCAUCACCAACAGCAUGCUCACCACAAUUCAUGAAAUUGAUUGCUGCUCUUGUUGAGGAACAGGAUAUUCCAGAGGCAAAUGCAGGACUUGCUGCUGGAGUUUCUGCAUUCCUUUGGCUAUAUGCCUCAAUCCUAGGUUGUAAGCCUGCAACAGUGAUUGUCACAUCUGAUCUUCCUUUUGGUGCGGGCUUGGGUUCAUCAGCCGCAUUUUGUGUUGCACUUUCUGCUGCAUUGCUUGCACUUUCUGAUGCUGUAAGUUUGGAUCUCAACCACCAAGGAUGGUUAACAUUUUCUGAGACCGAUCUUGAAUUGGUAAACAGAUGGGCCUUUGAGGGUGAAAAAAUAAUUCAUGGCAAACCAUCUGGAAUUGACAACACCGUAAGCACAUUUGGAAACAUGAUUACAUUCAAAUUGGGUAAUCUGAGUUGCAUCAAGCCCACUUUACCCCUCAGGAUGCUCAUUACUAAUACAAGGGUUGGAAGGAACACAAAGGCAUUGGUUGCUGGUGUUUCAGAGAGGACCUUAAGGCAUCCAGAUGCCAUGGCUUCAGUGUUUUCUGCUGUUGACUCUAUCAGCAGGGAAUUAUCUGUUAUUAUCCAGUCACCUGCUCCUGAUGAUCUGGCUAUAACUGAAAAGGAAGCAAAACUAGAAGAGUUAAUGGAAAUGAAUCAGGGACUUCUCCAGUGCAUGGGGGUCGGCCAUGCUUCUAUAGAAACUGUGCUCCAGACAACUUUGAAGUACAAAUUAACUUCGAAGCUUACAGGGGCUGGGGGUGGAGGCUGUGUUCUGACAUUGUUACCUACACUGUUAGCAACAUCUGUUGUGGAUAAAGUAAUUGCUGACCUAGAAUCAUGCGGGUUCCAAUGCUUGAUAGCUGGAAUUGGUGGUAAAGGUGUUGAGAUCCGUUUCAAUGGUUCCCCCUGAAUUCUUACAAAGGAUGGCACUAAAUCAAAGUAAGAUAUGGCGGUGAAUGUCAAAAAACGACAGAUGAUGUGCUGUUGUUGCUAUCUUUUUUUUCUUUCCUGUUUGUAUAUUUAAAAUUUUCCCCCUUUUAUUGUUUUGUGUAAACCUCUUUAAAUUACUAAUUUAACCUUCUAGCUUUGUUGAAUAUUGA